AUGUCCGGAAACAAGCAGACCUCCAAAGCUGCCAAUGGCACGGGUAACAGUCUCAACGCAAGCAACCUGAGUCUUAUCCCAGAGGGAAGUCUCGGGGGCAUGGACCGCUUCUCGCAAUUGCCCUUGGCCGACGGGCCUUACUUUGCACAAGCACGGAUCCAAGAUCGCUCUGAUCACUUAUCACGCCUCACCAGCCAGCUCGACGCGACAGAGAAGAUCUUGAAAAAAUGA